GCUGUUCCAGACCAAGUGCAGCAGCUGCUUGAAGGCCAUCGCCCCCUCCGAGCUCAUCAUGCGGGUGCUGGAGAACGUCUACCACGUUCACUGCUUCUACUGCUGCGAGUGCGAGCGGCGCCUGCAGCGGGGGGACGAGUUUGUGCUCAAAGAGGGGCAGCUGCUGUGUCGCAGCGACUACGAGAAGGAGAAGGAGAUGCUGAGCGCUAUCAGCCCGGCACCCACCGAGUCCGUGAAAAGCGAGGACGAAGACGGUGGCCACUCGCACGGCAAAGGCAGCGAGGAGAACAAAGACCACAAGCGUUCCAAGCGUCCCCGCACCAUCCUGACCACCCAGCAGCGCCGGGCGUUCAAAGCCUCCUUCGAGGUUUCCUCCAAACCGUGCCGGAAGGUAAGAGAGACCCUGGCAGCCGAGACGGGCUUGACCGUGCGGGUGGUACAAGUCUGGUUCCAGAACCAAAGAGCCAAGAUGAAGAAGAUCGCUCGCAGGCAACAACAGCAGCAGCAGCAGCAGCUGCAGCAGGAGCAAGGCCAGCUGGGGACCCCUCGCUUAGGGACUGGGAGAGUGACCGGUCGCAGCAGCAGGCAGAGCAACGACGACAGUGAAGACGGCGCGAGCGUUCACGGCUUGGAUGGGCUGAUGGUUCCCUACCCCAGGAUCCCCCAGCAGCAGCUUCUGCCCCUGGAUCAGAACGGCUACAGCACAGACUUGUACAGACAAGGGCUGACGCCGCCCCAGCUGCCCGGAGACCAUCUGCAUCCCUACG